UUAGACAUGUUACAAGUCAGUAAAAUGUUAAUGAUGCUUGACGCGCUUAACCUCCUGGGUUGCGAUUCGUGAAACUGAAACGUUCUUCUUGCACAAGAAGCAAAGCAUUCGCAAACCAUCGCAGCUGGAAAACCCCCUCUGAAACCCACGGCGCCGCCGGAGCCACGAGGUGACGGCGCGGAGCAACCCGUUGCCCUUCCCGCAGCGGAAUCCAAUCCCGGUCCGGCGAAGCGGCGCGGGCGGAGUCGACGAUGAGGGCGCGCGUGUCCCACCUCCGCGCGCUCCUCUCGCGGGCGCUCGCUCCCGGCCUCGCCCCUCCUCCCGCUCGAGCUCUGCCUCAGAUCACUGGGCCCGGUGAGUCUCGGUUCGGAGCGGCGUUCCUGGGGCGCGCGCGCUUCUUUUCCGCCGACGCCUCGACUGCGGCGCAGGGCGGGUCGAAGCCUCCCGCGGCGACGGCGGCGGCGACGACGGGCGGGGAUGGAGGCGGCGAUGGGCAGUCUGGGAAAUCUGAGCAAGCGGACGCCGGAAAAUCCGUCCGCGGAGGGCCGGUGUCCUGGCUCAGUUUUCUACUGCUGCUCGUGACUGGAGGAGGGAUAAUUGUGUACUACGAUAAAGAAAAGAAGCGUCACAUUGAAGAAUUGAAGAAUAGAACAAGUGCUGUGAAGCCUGGACAAUCAGUAGGCACUGCAGCCAUUGGUGGUCCAUUCAAGCUUCUGAACCAUGAUGGGAAGCCUGUCACUGAAAAGGACUUCUUGGGAAAAUGGACUCUGCUUUAUUUUGGAUUCACACACUGUCCUGACAUUUGUCCAGAUGAGCUCCAGAAAAUGGCUGCAGCGAUUGACAAAAUUAAGGAAAAGGCAAAAUUGGAUAUUGUGCCAGUUUUCAUUACAGUUGAUCCUGAAAGAGAUACUGUUGAGCAGGUUCGGGACUAUGUUAAAGAGUUCCAUCCAGAUCUGGUAGGACUAACGGGCACAACAGAUGAGAUAAGAAAAGUUGCACGUGCUUACCGAGUUUACUAUAUGAAGACGGAGGAGGAGGGUUCUGACUAUCUCGUUGACCACUCAAUUGUCAUGUACUUGAUGAAUCCAAAGAUGGAGUUUGUCAAGUUUUACGGCAAGAACUAUGAUACAGAUUCCCUCGCUGACGGUAUCAUUAAAGAAAUUAAAGAGCACAAGUAGUUGAGAUGGCACUCAGCAAUGGCACCUUAGUUUUCUGAAUCUCUCCCAAGAAUUUUGUCCGAGUCAACAAAGACCAACUGACGCAUAAGAUCAUGUGGGUCGCUAGCUGCUGCAUGUUCGUUUCUGAGGUUUAGGAUAUUUGAAUCUCGAGGCAGUUUAUCGCAGCAGAUUGCGUGCACGCUUUGCAGCAUAGAUCCAGAAAUAGCAAUUCUGUCAUUUUGUUAUAGUGAGCAUCUGCUUUGGCCACCUGCGAUGUUCACUGCGGAACGUGAUAUACUUGGUUCGGAACUAGAAAGCAUUUGAAAGAUUGUUUAUCGAUUCAA